CUUAAACCAGCUUCAAAGAUAAUCUCCAACAUGGUAAACGAAUUGUUGGUAUAUUGCCCUAAUAAAGAUCUAGGUUGUAUACAUCAGGGACAACGUCAACUGAUAAACAUUCAUUUAAAAGGAGAGUGCAUGUUCACUUCGCUCGAGUGCCAGUGUGGCAAGACAGUGCUGAAAAAAGAUUUAACAGAACAUAUGGAAGGUUGUCAGGCAGUCGUCAAGGUUGGAUGCCCUUAUUGCAACGUGGAAAAUUUUCCUUCACUACAUAGCUUACAUCUUGAGAAGUGUCCCAAAAAACCAGUUUCAUGUUACCACGCCGAAUUUGGAUGUUCUUGGUCGGGACUCCUGUACGAUUUGAAUAACAAACACAUACUUGAGUGCCCAUUUGAAUCCUUAAAAGGAUUCUUUAAGAUUCACAGACAACAGAUGGAAACUCUCGAUCAAGAGAACAAACAACUUCGGUCUUCCAUUAAAGAGCUCAAAAGAACAAAUUUAUCAUUGCAAACUCAAAUAUCGGAAAUAUCUAAUUUAUUGAAUUCCGAGUUUCCGUCAUAUGACUUAGAAUCAAAAGGUUCCGCGCUAAGAUUGGAAGGGGAAACUUCAAUUAUAACUGCACAAGAACUACUACUCUCGGAUAAUGCACACUUUAAGAGUCAGAUUGAAACUUUAAAUGCUGAUUUGGCUGAUCUGGAACUAAGGCAAAACGUAGCGUUGAUGACUGAAAGCUUGAGAAUACAAGGAGAAAUGCAGAACUUGAAGAAUUUAUGGCAUAGUCUAAGGAUGCAGAUGCAUUAUUUAUUGUUGGAAAGACGAGAAAAUGGCCCAACUGUUAGAAAUGUUGCCAACGCGACUGCGGUGGCAAGAGCUGGUCUUACCGGUCCCAUACUCCCUGGAAGGUCGAAUGGUUCUAAUGGAGUUAUUGGAGAAGUAGAUUCCAGUUCAGCAAAUGUUAGAUCAGUUUCUGAUAUUACAGAAAGCAAACGUCUUCUACAGAAAUUGGGCCCUUUGGACACCG